GGCCGCGGAACGUAGACGUUGGACUUGCGAGUAGUGUUGUUUCAAGGAAAAGAAAAUGCCUCCGUUUCGCGGCCUCGAGAUGUCGAGUGGCUUAUUAUUCGACAUCCUGUUACGAGGAUUUCUGGGUCUGCUGUUCAUGGAACUAGAAAGGGCUGAACCAUUCACAAGGAAAAUUCACAUUGAUGAAUUGUGGCUUUAUAAAAAUCCCAGGACAGAUUCAUACGUACCAACCACUGUACUAUGGCCGUUGGUAUUUGUCUUUCCAAUAAUUGUGAUAUGCCUUACAUUCCUCGUAACAAGAGACAGAAUAGAUUUUUAUCAAGCUACAUUAUCAGUGACAUUGACUCUGGGCUUGAACGGCGUUAUUACCGAUGUGAUAAAACUAAUUGUAGGUCGACCAAGACCCGAUUACUACUGGCGAUGUUUUCCUGACGGGGCAAUGAACACUGAAUUCGACUGUAACGGAGAUCCGGCUUUGGUCAGAGAUGGCAAGAAAUCAUUUCCCAGUGGACAUUCCUCGUUUGCGUUCGCGAGUCUCGGAUUUAUAUCUCUCUACCUUGCCGGUAAACUCCAUACAUUCACACUUGCAGGAAAAGGGCAGGCUUGGAAAUUAUGCAUUUUUUUAAUACCUUUAGGCAUUGCUCUAAGUAUAGCGCUCAGUCGGACUUGUGAUUACCACCAUCAUUGGCAGGAUAUAACGGUCGGUUCGACUAUAGGCAUACUACUGACAUACCUGUGCUACAGACAUUACUACCCUCCAUUGGAUUCGCCAGUUUGCCACAAGCCCUAUAGUGCGCUAAUAUCGCAAAUUGAGAUCGACAGUAUUAAAGGAAGUAAAGGAGAGCAAGUCAAGUGGAUUUGAAUAAUGCUUCUGUCCAUUAUUUCUGAAGAGUUUGUUACUAAUUCAAUAUGUAUUUCUUUCCCAGUGAUACUAUAUUUUCAACUAUCGAAGUUUAUGCAUUACAACAAUGCACUUAAAAGUACAACAGAAAAGAAUUUUUCGCCAUUCCACUGUACAUAAAAAUGAAGUUAACAAUCAUUGUUAACUGCCAAGUACUUAAUAUAUGUGUACUAAUUUAAA